AACAGACUCCUAGAACAGAAGAAAGACAAAAACUCUUACAAUCAUUCUUACAUAACAGACUUAUCAAGUUUACACCUCAACCUAUAAACAGAGAAUUAUCAAAAUAUAUACAGAGGGACCAAAAGAAGUUUGACAAAAUAUUCUACAAGAUUUCUUAUUAUACAUAG